AUGUCGCAGAUACGUCUUACCAACGAGCAGAAGCUGCGCAUCUGCAAGCACCAGGAUGCUAACCCGCGCAUCACCCAGACUGCCCUGGCGGCUUGGACAAAGGACGCCUUUGACCUCCAGAAGGCACUUUCCCAGGCAGCGAUCAGCAAAAUUAUCAAAAAAGGAAGGAGCUUGAGGCAAUGGACACCACUGACCUCAGCGCUAAGCGUCCUCGGACUGUCCAGCACCCAGCUGUGGAGGAGGCCGUCGCCUUCUGGGUCUUGCAGUGCCUGCACCGUGGGGUCGCUCUCACUGGAGAUCUCAUACGGGCCAAGGCUGAGACCUUUGCGGGAUCAACGGGCGUCUCGGAGGAAAACAUCAGCUUUUCGCAUGGGUGGCUCCACAAAUUCCAGCAACGCCACAAACUGCGAGCUGUCCAUUCAUGGCGAGAGUGGCUCAGCAGAUAUGGGCGCUCUAGAGGAGGCUCUUCCACACCUCAAGGCCGUGGUUGCUGGUUAUGCGCCACGUACUGUACAACAUGGACGAAACUGGUAG